GUUUCUAUCUAUUCCCAACUGAAUCAAAACAAACUGAUUCGGUUGUCAAUUUGAAUAAUCACACAGAAACACCAUUAACAAAAUCACCAUUUUGGCAAAACUCUUAUUACAGUUGCUCAAGAAUUUUGCAAUUGCAUGCUGAACAAAAUCUUUGUUAUACAUUGUUUAGGUGUUGAUUCUAAUAGAGAUGUUAUCUUUUCGAAUCCCAUCUAUCCGAACCCAACCUACGGCGUUUGCAGCUAAAAUAACAGAGACCACAAAGACCGUGGCACAACUCAAAUCAGCUGCAACACCCACGCCUCAUAGCACAGUCACGUGCGGUUACCAAGCUCACGUGGCGGGUUUCUUUCGAAACAUAACAGUUUUAUGGUCCAAGAAUCUCAUGAACCAUUCCCUCACCGUCAUGGUCUCGAGUCUAGACAAUGACAUGAACUAUUGCUGCAAGAUAGAUCUCGUGAAGCCAUGGCAGUUCUGGAGCAAAAGAGGAUCAAAGUCAUUCGACGUAGAAGGAAACUUUGUGGAAGUCUUUUGGGAUCUGAGGGCGGCGAAGUUGUCGGGAAACGGUAGCCCCGAGCCGAUGUCAGAUUAUUACGUGGCAAUAGUUUCUGAUGAAGAGGUUGUUCUGUUAUUGGGAGAUUCAAAGCACAAGGCUUACAAGCGGACCAAGUCAAGACCCGCGUUGGUCGAAGGGUUUAUAUAUUUCAAGAAAGAGAGCAUAUUUGGCAAGAAAACUUUUUCAACUCGAGCAAGAUUCGACGAGCAGAGAAAAGAACAUGAAGUGGUGGUGGAGAGCUCAAACGGGGGAGACGAUCCAGAGAUGUGGAUAAGCGUGGACGGGAUCGUGAUCAUGCACGUGAAGAAUCUGCAGUGGAAGUUUAGGGGGAACCAGAUGGUGUUGGUGGACAAAACUCAUGUGAUGGUGUACUACGAUGUGCAUGAUUGGUUGUUUGGAAGUUCAGAGUCAACGGCCAGUUCAGGAUUGUUUGUGUUUAAGCCUGUGGCGGUUGGAGGGAUGGUAGAUGAAUAUUUUAGCGAUGCGGAAGAAGGAGACAGCGGAGGAGGGAGUAGUCCUUUGAGUCGAUACAACUCGGCAUCAAGUGGUUAUGGGACAUUACAUGACUUUUGUUUGUUUCUGUAUGCUUGGAAAGUUGUGUGAGAAAUAUUUAUACCAUAGCAAAAUUUGAUAGUGCUUUUUCAAUUUACUUAUCUUUGUUAAGUUAUUUGAUAACCUAUAUAGAUUUG